AUGCGGAUUAAACUCCGAUGGAGAGAAGAUCGAGAGGGGGAUCCCCAGUCGGUGUCGGCGCGGUGCCCGUUCUUCUUGCAGCAGCUGAAGCCUCGCUUGCGGCUAUGGAAGAAAGCCCUGACGGCGGAGGAGCUGCCGCCUCCCUUGUAUCCCGAGGUGGCGUUUGCGGGCCGGUCAAAUGCUGGGAAGAGUACUUUGCUCAAUGAACUAUGUGGGCGCAGCGGCACCGCCGCGGUUUCCCGACGGCCAGGCAGCACCCAAGAGCUUUUUUUCUUCAAGGCGGGAUCACCGUGUUGUUUGUGUCUCGUGGACCUUCCGGGCUACGGCUAUGCUGAGGCGGACGCUGCGAAGAGGCUGCAGUGGACAGAAAUGUCUCUCUUCUACCUCAAGUCUCGCCCGAAUCUCAAGCGUGUCUUCCUGCUCAUAGAUGCGCGUUGGGGACUAAAGGCAAGCGAUGUUUGUCUGUUGUCUUUCUUCGAGCGGCACCGAAUCCCUUUCCAGCUCGUACUGACAAAGGCUGACCUUCCGGAGCAGAAGUCGCUCAUCAAGAUUCUACAGAUCGUAUGUUUCCGACAGUCCCCGCUCCCUGAAGUCUCAAGCCUUGUGGCCUGGAGGCAAGGCAGUGAUGAAGGAUGCGUGAGGCGCUUGGGGACUGGAUCUCUGGCGCUGCAGGUUUCAGAAGAAGUCAAGAAGUUCAAGGGAUGUGCAGGCCCUCCCUUGCCUGCGGCUAAUUUGGCAGAGGCAAGGCGCUUAAAGAAGGAGGCCCGUAAAAGGGAGAAGGCUAUGAGCUCCUCUUCGACAGCUGAACAGAAGAAGACAAAGACUAAACCAGGGCCAGCAACUACUGCGGCCCCAGGCGUACCUCAGGAACAGCCGCAACAACAGCAGCAGCAGCAGCAGGCGCAAGCGCUAGACGACCCUGUCGCGCGAGCUCUCGAACGUUGGGGAGCCCCGCUUGCCAGCACCGCCUCCGCGCCACCGAACCGGGGACAGACCCAAAGGGAAGGUGACGUAGCUGGUGAUAAGUUUUACGGGAGUGCUGCAACCGAAGCCCCCACAGCUGAGAAUAAAGGAAAUCUGAAGUGCGAACCACGGAGGCUCAUGUCCGUCUCUCCUCAGGCUGCAGGGGGAGCAGACGCAUUGGUUGAAGCCGAGUUCGUGGCAGAAGAGGUUUCAGUGCUCAGGGAGAACUCAUUGAGCUCGGCGCUCGCCGAAGCCGUGGAUAGAGCUGAAGGAGAGUUGCCAUUGCCAGAUAUGUCAUGCGCCGAAGCCCUUAUAAGGGAUUUGCUGCCCCCUCCUUCUUGCCGGACUUGGCAAGCAUGCGAGUCUACAGAGCCUAAGCGCGAGCCACCUGCACAGGCUUUUUCCGAGAGAUCUGCGAACGAGACGAACACGGAUGCCGCUCGCCCGUCUUUGCGCUUCCCAGAUGCCUUGCAUUCGCCUUCUCUGCGCGAGGUGACAAGUUCUGUGCACAGAGCGGAACCCGCCGACCCCGGUUGGGUUGCCCCGGUGUUUCGAGAGGUUUGUCUUGACUCCUCAGGCGCUGCUCGUAGCUCGGCGGUGUUGCAAGGCUGCGGGCCCCAGGGAGCGGGUUUCAAGGGCCACGGCGAUUGCAACACCUUCCUACAGGCUCCUGAUCCAUCGAGUGAUGCAAGUUCCUUGGCGGCUCAAUACUCGAGACAGGAAGAAGCACAUCUGCAGCUGUCCGGGGAUGAGAGCCCCUGUGCAGCAGUGCAAGAUGGCCUAUGGGAGGAUCCAACUCGGCCCGCCAGCAAACGGCCACUGGAUCUCCUCCGUGCAAAGGACUGGCGAGCGCGACGUGUUGGUCGGGCCGCUGUGGAAAUUGACAUGGGGCUGCCUGAAACAAAAGACGCAGCGGGCAACAUAGCGACGCUCCGCAUGGGGUCAUGCAACAAUGAUGACACGGCUUGUACACCAGGGAUGUCGCCAUGCCUGUCCCAAGCGGGCGAAGUAUUGUCAGCUGACUUUGAAGGAGGGGCGCCCUUAGGUGGUGCUAUCUUUCUUGAUGAAGAAGCGCUUGCGGCUGAAGACCUCGGGGGCAGCGCAACGCGAGCGAGGGGUCGCAUUGGGAGCGCUCCAGACCCAGCUAACUAUACGGGAGCCCACGAGCUUGACAUGCAGCGCAGCUUUGACCAGAAAUGGCGGCACGAGCUCUUGCCAGUCGGCGGCGCGUCCCAGGCCAGCAAACUGGGCGGCAGCAAAACUUUAGAGCGACCAGGCGCUGGCGGUGCCCAGCGGACCAAGAUGGGACGGUCAAACCCUUUUCGCAUUCCUGAAGAUUACAUAUGUACUAACGAAGAUCGCACCAAGGCGACAACGAAGCGCCUGGCUCUGGAGAUUCGCCUGCAGCGUGCCCAAGAGGCCCACCGACCAACAGAUGGCUCCCAAGCCUCUGAGGAAAGGAACCGCAGCACUGCCGACUCGCUCUUGUUCUCUGCGGCGCAGCGGCGCCAGGAACGCCGACUGAAAGAGCUCGCGAAGAAAAGUAACAAGGGGAAGGGCCGUUCAAAGGAAAUGACUUGGGACGUUGCCUACAGAAAAUGGGCUCGGUGGGCAAGAGCGCAUCCAGCUCUCGCCAGGGAAGCACCACGGCCUUCGAAGGCGCAGCUCCUUGCAGAUUUUAGGCAAAAACUAGAGAAAAAGGCGAACCGGCGACGCAAGGAGCUGCAACAGCGAAACUCGGUGGCGCAGCCGGAAGUAGCAGGAGGCCGGCGCACAGUUCGCCAAAGCAUAGAAGAAAUCCGCAAAGAAGCUCGGGAAGCAGCUCUACAGCAACCCCGUCGCUGA